GUACCUGCGGCUGGGCAGCGGCUCAGGUGUUCCGCUGAAGGUGAUGGAGUUUCCAUACGAGGCUGAGCUAGAAGAGCUGUGUCCAGUUUGUGGAGAUAAAGUCUCUGGGUACCACUACGGACUCCUCACCUGUGAAAGUUGUAAGGGAUUUUUCAAGAGGACCGUGCAGAACAACAAGCGCUACACCUGCGCCGAAAACCAGGACUGUAAAAUCGACAAAACGCAGAGGAAGCGCUGUCCUUUCUGCCGCUUUCAGAAAUGUCUCAACGUCGGCAUGAGACUGGAAGCGGUGCGUGCUGACCGCAUGAGGGGUGGCAGGAACAAGUUUGGCCCCAUGUACAAACGUGACAGGGCCCUCAAACAGCAGAAGAAGGCCUUGAUACGGGCCAACGGGCUCAAGCUGGAGUCGAGUCAGUCGCUGCUGUCCCCGAUCCAGGCCGAGUAUGGCUUCACGGGUGGCCUGCAGAGCAUCCAGGCGCUGCCCAAGGGGUUGCUGCACACCACACCGGCUCCCGUCACACAUGCAGACAUUGAACGCGGCACCUACGGACCCCCGGCGCUGGGUAUGACUGGGCAGGGACACGGCCCUGCCCCCUGCCCACUGCCCAGCCAGUACCAGUACGCGCCCUUCCCUAGCCGGGCCAUCAAGUCCGAGUACCCGGACCAGUACACAAGCUCACCAGACUCACUCGGCGGGUUCUCACACCCGGACACCUACCUGACGGCAUCCCCGCAGCCCCCCGGCACACCACCCCAGCUGCUGCUUGAGAUCCUGCGCUGUGAGCCAGAUGAGCUGCAGGUGCAAGGCAAGAUCGUGGCUUACCUGCAGCAGGAGCAGGCGAGCCGCGGCAAGCAUGAGAAGCUCAACACGUUCGGUCUCAUGUGCCGCAUGGCCGACCAAACGCUCUUCUCCAUUGUGGAGUGGGCCAGGAGCUGCAUCUUCUUCAAAGAGCUCAAGGUUGGAGACCAGAUGAAGCUUCUGCAUAACUGCUGGAGCGAACUUUUGGUCCUGGACCACAUUGCCAGACAGCUGCGGCAUGGCAAGGAAGACAGCCUGCUGCUGGUCACAGGUCAGGAGGCGGAGAUCGCCCCCUUCACAGCCCAGGCAGGGGCCACCCUCAGCAACCUAGUGCAGAGGAGCCAGGAGCUGGUGGGGAAGCUACAAGGUCUGCAGGUAGACCGUAGAGAGAUCGCCUGUCUCAAGUUCCUCAUCCUCUUCAACCCCGAUGUGAAACUCCUGGAGAACCAACAAUUUGUGGAGAGUGUCCAGGAGCAGGUGAACGCCACCCUGCUGGAGUACACCGUGUGUAGCUACCCGCAGUUCCUGGACAAGUUUGGCCAACUGCUGCUGCGGCUGCCCGAGCUGCGGGCACUCAGCGUCCAGGCUGAGGACUACCUGUGCUACAAGCACCUGAGCGGCGAGGUGCCCUGCAACAACCUGCUCAUUGAGAUGCUGCACGCCAAGAGGGCCUGUGUGUAA